AUGGAUGACAUAGGUGUAUCAUUGUCAGAAAUAGUCGAGGUGCGUGGUUGUGGCCUAAACGAUGAUGAAUUGCUUGCAUUAAUUAUCAUUAGCUGUGAAGUGCUUACUAAGACACCUGCAGGGGUAUUCUCCCCCGAGCACGUCAUUUUACACACUGAUGGUGAACUUGAGAUAAAAUCCGUCUCGAGAGAUAAAGUAAGCAACGAAUAUGUGCCUCCUGAAAUGAAAGAAGGCAAUACUGAUGUUGAUCCUGGUGCCGUGCAUGUAUACUGUCUCGGAGAAGUUAUUCGAUUUGCUGGUGGUGCUGAAUCAGACAAUGCAGAUUUGUUUUCCUUGUUAAACGUAAUGACGGUGGCUCAUAUUGCUACACGGCCAUCCGUCACUCGGCUUGGACAAAUGGCUAAAAAUAAGCUUACAAUUCAAAAUCCAAAGGCUUUGCUGGCAGAAAUGUAUAUCUUGGUUAUGGGUGACGAAGCGGAGGAUAUCGAUGAUUUGGACAUUUCUUCUGGUGAAUACAUGCCAAAUUCUCUUGAUGAAAAUGGUGGUUUGAGGAACUUAAAGUGGGACCAAACUGGAACAACCAUGGGUGUCACCUGUGAUCGGUCUAGAAAAGUGACACAUGCAGAUCCAUUUGAUGGUGUAGAAACCGAUAUUUGGAAGUUGUCAGGGAGAAAUCCAUUUAAUUCAGUAAAAGUCGCAUAUGAAAAAGUAUUGCCAGAAGCAAAAAUUGGAAGCAGUCCAUUACAAGAAGAGAAGCAGCAAAAGUUAUCUGUAGGUAAAAUUGAAGUGCUUUUGGAACAAAGUGAAGAAGAGGAAGGAAAACCAGUAUUUGAGAGCAGUUUGUUAACGAAAUCUCUUUCUUACAAUUUUGAUGAUGAUAUUGUGGAAUAUAGAGAAGAAAAUGUUUCUUCUGAUGAACUGAGCUCCACACUAAUACUUCUUCCUGAAGGACAUAUUGACAAGGUGGACGAAAAUUUGGAUUAUGAUGGUCACAGUCUUCUUGCUACUAAUGUCAUUCACGAAUGUAAUGACUCUUUGUUUUCGGAGAAUAUUGAUGGACAAAAUUUACUCGGAGAACCUAUUUGUGAGUCACUGUCCGGUAAUAAAAAUGAGGACGUGCCAAUGGUUGUCUUAGCAAAAAAAGAAAAUGAAAAAGCACGGACAUCGCCAGUUUUGGAAUCUAGAGUAAAAGGAUUGGCUCCAAUACUGGAAAAUGGAAAAGAACGGCUAUCGCCAGUUUUGGAAUCUAGAGUAAAGAGAAUCGUAGUCACAAAAGAAGCAUCUGUUGGCUCAGUUGCAGCUGAACAGCAAUUCAUGAGAAGAAAUUCGCUUUUGCCAAAUAGGAUAAGUGGGCGGAAGUCUUCAUCGAAACAUUUUAAGCGAAGGUUGAAAGCCGAACCAGAGUUUGUAAGAAAUGCAAAUACGUCAUCCAUAUGUUUGAAAGCACCUGCUCAAAGAAAAAAAAAAGUGACGCUGCACAGAAUUGAACAUACGGACGUAACUGUUGAGCUGCUUAGUGGGAAACAUGUUGAAGUGAGCUGUCGUUCAGAUGCUGUUGCAUCGGAAAUUGCUGAUGUUGUCAUGAGGCACAUGAAUUUCAGUGAGAACUCGUUCUUUGGUUUGACUAUACUGAGAGAUGGCGAGCAUUUCUUUUUGGAUGGUCAUCAGCGUCUGGAAAAAUUUGCACCACCAGGGUGGAAAAAUGCAAGACAAUAUGGAUCAUCCAGAAGGCUUUAUAUGUUAUUUCUACGCUUUCGAUAUUAUCCAGCAUCAGUCGCUUUUAUGCGAACUGAAGUUGUACUUCAUGAAUUAUACUUACAAUUGCGACGAGACAUUUUGGAUGAUCGCAUUCAACCGAAACGUGAUUUAUUGUAUGAUUUAGCUGCAUUUGCUUUGCAAAGCGAAUACUCUGAUCAACCUAAUGUAACAGUUUUGGACUACUUUGAUCUGCGACAUUAUAUACCGAAGAGAUAUUUGGAUAACUGCAACGAAGAAGCGGUAAUCAAAAAUGUGGUCGAGAGGCAUGGAAAACACCGCGGAAUGAAGCAACAGGAUGCUGAGAAGCGCUUUAUUCUGUUAUGUCAACGGUUAUUUGAUUAUGGUGCUCAUUUGCAUCGUGUAUUCGCAUCCAAACCAUCAAUAAAUCUUGGCAAUACACCCCUUGGUGAUCCUGAAACUGGAGUGGCGCAAUGGAUUGGGAUUAUGACACGUGGUAUUGUACUUUUCGAAGAAGAAAGUAGUGGUCGGCAUGUUCAGAUAGAACACCUUUGGCAAAAUACGCAAACUUUACAAUUUGAUAAAAAGCGCUUCGUGAUUGCCUCCGAAAUCCAUGAACCGUCUAUCAAUAUCUUCUAUACCGAUCAUUAUACAAAAAGUGCCUAUUUUGUCCGUUUUGCGGCUUCACAGCAUCGCUUUAUGAUAAAAAUGCGGCAGUGGAAUCAUACUUUAAGACGUGAUAGUCCUUUUCAGUUCCGUAGAAUGCCGGAUGUUGGCGCAGACACUAAUUUUAUGGAAGAGGUAGCACCGGUGUAUUAUAUGAAUUCUUCUGAUAUAACAAACAUGCCGGAGCGUGGUUUUACACGAACCAGUAACCAAUAUUCCUCAAACGAUGCCUUCUCAAAGAAAUAUGCAGAGACUAUACAUAGCUCCAAUUUGAGACCGAGGAUGAGUUCAAUAAGUGAUGAAAUUUCGGAACAGAUUUCUCCUGAAGAAUUCGUUGAGAGUGGUGAUGGAUAUAUUUUGGAAAUUUUGCUGGAAAAAGAUCGAAAUACUGGGCUUGGUUUAACGUUGGUCGAUGGUAAUCUGAAUGGUAUAAAAGGUGUAUAUGUGAAGUCUGUAUCAGAAGGUGGUGUUGGAAAAAAAAAAAAAAAAGGAGGAGUGAAUGUUGGUGAUCGACUACUAAGUGUCAAUAACGUGUCACUUAUUGGUAGGGAUAGACAUGUAACUGUCGAUUUAGUGAGAAAAUGUGGCAAUUUUGUCCAUUUGAAAAUUUUUAGGUUAGAAGCGGUAACAUCUGCACUUGCUUCUGGUAUUAUUAAAGACAAAACAGCGAUUGACGAUCAGAAAGGGUAUAAAAAUCAUUCACUCUCUGUUAGUGAAGGACUGAGAUCAAGAACGCCACCACCGCCAAGAAAGUAUUCAAAUACCUUGAAGAAACGUAUAAGAGCUGUUAGUGACUUUGGCGCUGUUGGUGACACUUUACCGGAUUUAAAUAGCGAAGAUUUAUUAUCAAACCUUAGAAAUGAAUCAAAAUUAGGAUAUUUACGACCAGAGACUUCGUUGAAUGACGAGGUUGAAUGCAGAAUGCGAUAUGAAGUGCCGGUAGUAUCCAUGUACAAAUUCGAAGGUAUUGAUGAUGAACUGAUAGAACAUUCUCCAAAACGAUGUAGUACAACGCCAUAUUUUCCAUUUAAAGCGAGUGAAAAUGAUUGGGUAAAAGUAGCGAAGAGUGAUAGUGACCAACAAAAAAGCUCAUUCAACAACUGGAAAUCAGUGCAGGAUUAUAGAAAGAAGCCAAAUCUUGAUUGGGCUGAUGACCUGGAUGAUAUUGUGGAACCGCUUCCCUCCGAUGUUUCGAUGAUCACUCUCGAGCGUAAUGAAUCUGGUAGCCUUGGUUUUCAAAUUGCAUCUAGCGGAGGUAUUGUGUAUGUAAAGCAAAUUACUGCAGAACCUGCACUUUCAUGUCCUGAUAUUCAAGUGGGAGAUAGGAUUAUAUUGGUAAAUCAUGAGAAGGUGCAAAACCUAACGCAUCAGCAGUUGGUAGAUCUAUUAAGAAAGAGUGGUGAAAGAGUGAUAAUAGGCUUGCAAAACUCAAACAAAGAAGUACGUGCUUGUGAUGAAGGCGAACAGACUGUACGAGUUGUUUUGGAGAAAUCUCAUACUGGUUCGCUUGGUCUGAGCUUAGCGAAGAAGACUGGUUUUGAUGGAAUUUACAUCCGAAUGAUCAGCAGUGGUAGCGCUGCGGAUAUUGAUGGAACACUGCAUAUCGGUGAUAAAAUUUGGAAAGUCAACGGUCAAUUAGUAAAUAGUUAUACACCUGGUGCUAUCGUUGAUUUAUUAAAAGCUACAAAUAAUCCCGUAGAAAUUAUUGUAAAACGAGCCAUCAUCAAGUAA